AUGAAGCAUGGAAAAGCGGUUGGAAGUUCAGGAAUAGUUGCAGAACCAUUGAAAGCACCAGGCAACGUAGGCGUGUUGAUUGUAACUAAUGGAAUCAUGAUUGAAUGUUCUACUUUAGACGACUGGUGGAAGAGUGUGAUCAUGAAUACCUACAAAAAGGCUAUUUUCCAGAGUGAUAACGGAUGUGAAUUCACUUCACAUGCUUUUUCUGAAUUGAAACAGAUGUGGCCAAUUCUAUUAUUGGUCCAUGGAAAGCCUCGACAUCUCCAGAGUCAAGGUUCUUUUGAAAGGCCAGAUCAACCCAGCCAGCCACUCCCUGAUGACAAGCAGCCAGAUCAACCCAGCCAUCCACUCCCUGAUGACAAGCAACCAGGUCAACCCAGCCAUCCACUCCCUGAUGACAAGCAACCAGGUCAACCCAGCCAGCCACUCCCUGAUGACAAGCAACCAGAUCAACCCAGCCAGCCACUCCCUGAUUACAAGCAACCAGAUCAACCCAGCCAGCCACUCCCUGAUGACAAGCAACCAGAUCAACCCAGCCAGCCACUUCCUGAUGACAAGCAACCAGAUCAACCCAGCCAGUUGUAG